AUGAUCGAACGGCUACUAAAUCCCGUAGAGAUUGUCCAAGACCAGCCCGAGAACCCGUUUGCCAAACUUGUUGUUGAUCAACGCUUCGCCAUUGUCCCCUCCUUCACCCUCGAAUCGGGUGUGGUCCUGAAGAAUGUUCCCGUCGCAUAUACCGUACGAGGCCAACUUUCGGAAAACAGAGAUAAUGCCCUUGUCAUCUGCCACGCGCUUAGUGGCAGUGCAGACGUGGCCGACUGGUGGGGCCCACUGUUGGGAAGGGCGGGCCAGGCAUUUGAUGUGACGAGGUUCUUCGUCGUGUGUUUAAACAGCCUGGGCAGCCCGUAUGGCAGUGCCAGUCCCGUGACGAACAAAGACGGAGACCCGGCGCAGGGCAGAUAUGGCCCAGAGUUCCCUUUGACUACAAUAAGAGACGAUGUUAUGAUACAUAAACUUGUCCUCGACCACCUUGGAAUCCGGCAGAUCGCGUGCGUGGUUGGCGGCUCUAUGGGAGGCAUGCUCUGUUUAGAAUAUGCUUACUUUGGCAAGGAUUACGUUCGGACUAUCGCGCCCAUAGCUACAUCAGCCACCCACAGUGCUUGGGGAAUUAGCUGGGGCGAGGCUCAACGACAAGCCAUCUACUCGGAUCCGAAGUACGAGGACGGAUACUAUUCCUUCGACGACCCGCCCACUGCUGGCUUGGGCGCAGCGCGCAUGUCGGCGCUGCUCACCUAUCGAAGCCGAGACUCCUUCGAGGCGCGGUUUGGUCGAAAUACUCCCGACCUCUUGAAGCGACAGACGAUCAACCAAGGACAGAAGACUAAUGGUGUGCAAAACGAGCACUGGAGCAUCCACAAUCACGGCCAUCAACGCGCCAGAGGUUCACGGGAUUCUCGACCGGUUUCUCGCAAUGGUAACGUGUCAGAGCCGACCUCGCAGCCCGAGUCGCCUGAUCGACAGCAAACUUUCAAAGAUCCCCAAUUUUCGGGAACUACGGAUUUUGUGGUACCCGUUCCUGUCGUCGAGGCGAACAGCUCCAAACCUACAAAUCACUACUUCUCCGCUCAGUCGUAUCUGAGGUACCAGGGCAACAAGUUUGUUAAUCGAUUCGAUGCAAAUUGUUACAUUGCGAUCACGCGCAAGCUAGAUACGCAUGACGUAUCUAGGAACAGAGCACCCACCGUCAGAGAAGCGCUUGCGCAGAUUGAGCAGCCGGCGCUGGUGCUCGGCAUUGAAUCAGACGGGUUGUUCACCAUUGCCGAGCAGGAAGAACUGGCCGAGUGUAUUCCAAAUGGGCGACUGAAGAAGAUUGACUCACCUGAAGGACAUGAUGCAUUUUUGUUGCAGUUUGAGCAAGUCAAUAGUUACCUGCUCGGGUUCUUCCGAGAGUUCUUGGCGGACAUCAUGGACAAGCCCGGUAUUGACGGCACGGAGGGCGCGGAGGGGGAAGUUAUAGACGGAGUAGGCAAGAUGACCAAGUCGAGUACGUUCGGCGAGGCCGAGGUGGACGAUUUGACCGCCUGGUAG